AUGAUUUCUUUUUUUACUGAACCCCAUGCUAAGGCAGAAGAAAUGUCCAACAGCAGCUCCAUCAGGCACUUCCUCCUGCUGGCAUUAGCAGACACGCGGCAGCUGCAGCUCCUGCACUUCUGCCUCUUGCUGGGCAUCUCCCUGGCUGCCCUCCUGGGCAACGGCCUCAUCAUCAGCGCCGUAGCCUGCGGCCACCACCUGCACACGCCCAUGUUCUUCUUCCUGCUCAACCUGGCCCUCAGUGACCUGGGCUCCAUCUGCACCACUGUCCCCAAAGCCAUGCACAAUUCUGUCUGGGACACCAGGAAGAUCUCCUACAAAGGAUGUGCUGCACAGCUCUUUUUCUUUAUGUUUUUCAUAUCAGCAGAGUUUUAUCUUCUGACCAUGAUGUCCUAUGACCGCUACGUGUCCAUCUGCAAACCCCUGCACUAUGGGACCCUCCUGGGCAGCAGAGCUUGUGCCCCCAUGGCAGCAGCUGCCUGGGCCAGUGCCUUUCUCAAUGCUCUGCUGCACACAGCCAAUACAUUUUCCCUGCCCCUGAGCAAAGGCAAUGCCUUGGGCCAGUUCUUCUGUGAAAUCCCACAGAUCCUCAAGCUCUCCUGCUCACACUCGAACCACAGGGAAUUUGUGCUCCUUGCGCUUAGUGCCUGUUUAGCACUUACUUGUUUCGUUUUCAUUGUUUUCUCGUAUGUGCAGAUUUUCAGGGCUGUGCUGAGGAUCCCCUCUGAGCAGGGACGGCACAAAGCCUUUUCCACCUGCCUCCCUCACCUGGCUGUGGUAUCCCUGUUCAUCACCACUGCCAUACUUGCUCACCUGAAGCCUCCCUCCAUUUCCUCCCCAUCCCUGGAUCUGGCAGUGUCAGUUCUGUACUCGGUGGUGCCUCCAGCCCUGAACCCCCUCAUCUACAGCCUGAGGAACCAGGAGCUCAAGGCUGCAGUGUGGACACUGAUGACUGGAUGCUUUCGCAAACAUUAA